AUGUCAUUUCAGGGACGUUCCUUCGCCACGAGCCCAUUCCAGGACAGCCGCUCUCGCUCCAACCAAGGCCUUGCUGGACUCGGCCUCUCAACUGGGCCCGCAGGCCUCUCGAAUAAAGUGGGCGGAUUCUUUGAGAACAACGACCGCACUCUCCCCAUGUACAAAGACAAGCCAUACUUUACGCCGAAGCGGACAGCUCCGCGGAGGCGAUGGAGGCCUUUGUUCGUGCUGGGGGUGUGCGUGUUGACGUUCUUGUGGUAUUAUAAAUCGUCGAUGCCUGUGUGGCAGGGCCCGGACUCGUCGGACAUCGGUGCUGAGCUCUGGAAAUGGGCGCAGACACUUGACGACGAGAGUCCUUCGAAGUCGAACAUUGACUGGAACGCGCGCCGGGAGAAGGUUCGGGAUGCGUUUGUUAUCAGCUGGCAGGGAUAUGAGAAGGAUGCUUGGGGCUCGGACGAGUAUAACCCGGUCUCGGGUCGGAGCAGAAACAUGAUCGAAGGUGGCAUGGGUUGGAUCAUUGUUGAUGCGCUAGACACUAUGAUGAUCAUGAACCUGACCACCGAGGUGCGCCAUGCACGCGAGUGGAUUUCCACUUCGUUGAAGUAUACUCAAGACCACGACGUGAGCACCUUCGAAACGACCAUUCGCAUGCUGGGAGGUUUGCUCUCUGCCCAUUAUCUCUCGACGAAAUAUCCAGACCUCGCUCCGAUUGCGGAUGACGAUAUCGGCGCCGCUGGCGAGGACUUGUACAUUGAAAAGGCGACAGAUCUCGGAGACCGCUUGCUUGGAGCAUUCGAGUCUCCGUCUGGUAUCCCAUACGCCAGCGUGAACCUGAAUAAGUCGGAGGGCUUGCCAUCGCACGGCGAUGGAGGCGCUUCUUCUACUGCUGAGGCAACUUCAGUCCAGCUUGAGUUCAAGUAUCUGGCGAAGUUGACUGGCGAGGCCGAGUAUUGGAGGGCCGUGGAGAAGGUCAUGGAGGUGAUCGAUGACGAACACCCCGAAGAUGGCCUCGUUCCUAUUUUCAUCAAUCCCAAGACGGGUCACUUCCAUGGCCAGAAUAUUCGUCUCGGUAGCCGAGGUGAUUCAUAUUAUGAGUAUCUGAUUAAGCAGUAUCUUCAAACAUCCGAGAAGGAGCCCGUCUACAAAGAACUGUGGGAUGAAUCCUUGGCCGGAAUCCGCAAGAAUCUGCUUGCCUUCUCCCAGAAUGCACAGUUGAUGGUCCUAGGAGAGCGCCCCAAUGGUUUGAAAGAAGGCCUUACCCCUAAAAUGGACCACUUGGUCUGCUUCCUCCCUGGAACAUAUGCUCUUGGUGCAACCGGUGGCCGACCUUUGACCGAGGCAAGAAAAUCCUCGGAUUGGUCCCAGCAGCGCGAGGAGGAAAUUUUCAUCGCCAAGGAAUUGAUGAAGACCUGCUGGGCGACAUACCUGGCGACAGCGACAGGUCUUGCGCCCGAGAUCUCCCACUUUAUUCUUGACUCUCCACCUGUCAUGAUGGAAGACAAGUAUCCCGAUCCCAAGUCGACUACCGGAACUACAGCACCGCACGAAUUGAAGUCAAUCUCUCAGCCACUCUCACCUCAGGCUGAUGGCACUGAGCCCUGGCGCAAGGAUAUCGAGAUCCACAACAUGGAUCGCCACAACCUGCAACGGCCAGAGACCGUUGAGUCUUUGUUCUACAUGUACCGCAUCACUGGCGACGAUAUCUACCGCGAGUGGGGCUGGGAUAUGUUCAAAGCAUUCAUCAAAUACACCGCCGUCGUCGAAGGGGAAGAGUCUGAACUGGCGGAGGGCGAAACCACCAUCAAACGGAUCAAGGGCUUUACUUCCCUGUCCAACGCCAACACCAUCCCGCCGACUACACGCGAUAAUAUGGAGAGUUUCUGGAUGGCUGAGACGCUCAAGUACUUCUAUUUGUUGUUCUCAGACCGGGAUUUCAUUUCCCUGGAGGACCAUGUAUUUAAUACCGAGGCCCACCCGCUGCCACGGUUUACGCCGACGGGCGAUCUGAGGACUGGCUGGCAGCGGAAGCCUAAGGUCGUCGAGGCUGCCGAGGGUGCUGAGUAG